AUGUUCUUCUCCAACACAUUCCUGCUGACCAUCAGCAUCUUCAUCCUCACCUUCUCUACCCUCGCCGCUGCUCGCCCGGUGAUUGGUCAAGAUCCACUGUCGAACGUCGAUACGUGUAUCGCCAACUGCGACGACGCUCCUAACCCUCACCAAUGCAAACUCAACUGCGUUUACGGUCACGCAAGCCUUGACAAACGCUCUCCAUUUAUCCCGGGGGAUAAUCGAAACAUGGACCACGAUCUGUGCAUCGAGCUUUGCAGGGACGCUCCUAGUCCCUACCAAUGCGCUCUUGAUUGCCCUCCCAGUGGCGUUGACGUAGCCCUUCACAAACGCUCCACAUCUCCUCUUCCCUCAGCUUCGGAGGGGGGGCCACGUCCGGAUUCCCAAGCGAGCUAUUGCAUGUUGCAGUGCAUGCAGGAUCUCGCCGACAUGACGAUGUGCAAACAUCGCUGUUACGGUAUUCCUCCCCACCACAGCAAGAUUGAUGAUGUGAGCAAACGCGAUACGAUUCCUGCGAGAGGAUCGGAGAGGAGUGGUCGUCGAGACACCGCCGAUUACUGCAUGACACAGUGCACCGAGACUUUUGUGGACUUGACCACGUGCGAGCAUCGUUGUUACGGUAUUCCUCCUCACAACGACGGGGUUGACGACGUCAACAAACGCGCUCCUGCCUCAGGUUCACAGAACGUAAAACGUCGAGAUGCCGAUGAUUAUUGCAUACUGCAGUGUAUGGAGUAUCUCGAAGACGCGGAGGCGUGCGAGCAUCGUUGUUACGAUCCUCAUUCUCACAACAAGGAUGGGUUUGACGACAUCAACAAACGCUCUGUGAUCUCUCUUUCCCACGGCUCAGAAGAAAAGCGCCAAGAUGACCCUUCAGCGUGCAUGGACAGAUGCGCGCGAGGUCCAUGGGAUUCGCAGACUUGCGAGAAGCGUUGUUACAAUCCUCUUUCUCUCAACGACAAGAUCGCAUCCAUAGACAAGCGUCACGCUGCUGAGAUUGACUCGAAGUCUCGUAUCAACGCAUGUAUCUCCGGCUGCCACGACAAACCGAAUCCUCGGCAAUGCAGGGAGCACUGCAGAACUGGCGGCAUUCCUCCUGAUGACGGUGGAAUACCGACGGUGGACAAACGCUCGGUGAUCUCUCUUCCCUCGGUUUCAGAGGUGAAACGUCAAGAUUCCGCUGAUUAUUGCAUGCUGCAGUGCAUGGAGUAUCUCGGGGACUCGGAGGCGUGUAUACAUCGUUGUUAUGGCAUCUCUCCUGCUCACAGCGACAAGUCCUCCCCCAUUAGCAAGCGCGACGCUGUUUCUAUCAAGCCAAACACUCAGUUCAACGCAUGCAUUUCAAGCUGCCACGACAAACCGAAUGUUCAACAAUGCAGGAGUGACUGCAUCUCAGGCGGUGCCCCGCGUGACGACGGUGUUCUACCACCUCUUCACAAACGCUCGGUGGUCGCUCUUCACCGCAGUUCAGAGGAAGAACGUCGAGACAACCCUGCGGUGUGCAUGGCAGAAUGUAUGGCAACUCCAUCAGAUGCGCCCAUGUGCGUGCGUCGUUGUUACGGAUCUCCUCCUCACCACCAUAAGAGAAUUUCCACCACAGGCGAGCGAUCCAACCCAGUCGCAAACGCUGAUCAGUGCAACGUAAAGUGCGACGACGACGCACCUCGUCCGUACCACUGCAAACUGCACUGCAGCAGCGCUGGUGGCACUCCAUCUGACGAUGGUGUUCUACGACGACCGCUGAACAAACGCUCUGGGAUCUCUCCUCCUUCCGGUCAAGGGGAGGAAGAUUGCAUGGAUGAUUGCAUGCGAUUCCCAUGGGAUUCACAGAUGUGCGAGAAGCGUUGUUUCGGUUCUGCUGCUCUCAGCGACUCUUCCAUCAGCAAGCGCGAUGUCGAGGAGCAUCCACGUUAUCCGCAACCCUAUUACGGAAACUAUCGUCAGUGUGUCAACUACUGCGAAUAUUGGCAAGGUCUGAGCCCAGGCGACUGUAUCAAGAGAUGUCACCCGCCUUUCGAGCAUCAACGAGGUACGAUCGUCAAGCGGGAUCCGAACAGCAACAUCGAUCCGGAGAAGAUCGACAUCUCCCUGUAUCAGGAGUGUCUCAACUCUUGUACCGCGUCUGGCCAUUCGUUGAAGUAUUGCAUGACGACGAAAUGCCCAUGGGCCAAAAGAAGUCGGGCAGAAGCAUUCGAUGGCUCUUCUGCCGAUGCCAGCAUCCACGGUCCAUCCGUUGUGGGUGGCCAUACAAAACGUGACGUGCGCAGCAACGAGUCGGACGACAGCAAAGCGUGCGCCGCCAAGUGUAGUCGUGGUCCUCCCGCGAUCCGAGAGUUCUGCAAACAGGAUUGCAUGACCAACUGGACGGGCGGGGUUUCCUUCCCUGAUCAAGAUCAUCGCAUCAAAGUGCAUUCCAAAUCGACCCCUCACCUCGAAAGUUUCUCCAGCGGUGACGAUCAUCACGUCAAACGCGAGGUAGAAGGUGUCAAACACGUGAAGCGCGAUUCCCAAGACGAUUGCGCAAACAAAUGUGCGCUCGCUGACAACUAUGAGGAGUGCUUGCAGAAUUGUCUCUGGUGA